UUUUUGUUUCGGGAAUCAGGAAGCUGUCGUUCAAAGGAAGAAAGACUGGGCGUGCUGUGAAGCGUCAACGCAGAAAUUAAAUCACCUUUGCACACACUGGACCCUUUACACUUCACGGACAUUAACAGCUCCGACAAAUACCCUACUCGUUAAAGAAGAGAAGAUAUUCAGCGACCAGUAUCCUGCAUGGUCGGUGCGUUGUGCGGAGAUGGCAUUGGAGGAAAGGGCACGGAGCUGUCUGCUGCGCUUUCGCCACAGACUGGAGCAGGACAUCAAGCCCCCCUACCUGAUGGACCACAUGAUCAGUGAUGGCGUGCUGACUGGGGAUGAAGAGGAAAGGAUAAGGACACAGUCCACCAGGAAGGAUCAGGCUGUGGCCUUGCUGGAGCUGCUGCUUAAGAAGGACAACUAUGCCUACAUCUCCUUCUACAACGCCCUGGUCAGGGAGGCGUACGAUGAUUUGGCUAAUCUGCUUUAUGAUGAUCUACCAAAAAUGUCGCAAAAUGCACAUAAGAGCAACUCUGAUAGCAACACGUCUUACGUCCAGACAGUGCUCAGUGAAGGUGGCGUGCCACAGAGGCCCGUGGUGUUUGUCAGCAGACCGGAGCUUGUUAACCGGGUCAGGGAGAAACUCUACCGGCUCCAGAAGGACCCUGGCUGGGUCACUGUCUUCGGCAUGGCUGGCUCGGGCAAAUCCGUGCUGGCUGCUGAGGCUGUCAGACACCAAGGACUCAUCGAAGAAUGCUUCCCUGGAGGGAUCCACUGGCUGUCCAUCGGCCAGCUGGACAAACCGGACUUACUGGUUAAGAUCCAGUCAUUGUGUUUCCGUCUGGAGCAGAGCCUGGAUUCCCAGUCGCUCCAUCGGCCCCCCAACUCUCUGGACGAGGCCAAGGAGCGAAUGCGCUUCCUCAUGCUGCGCAGAUAUCCGAGAGCUCUGUUGAUUCUAGAUGACAUCUGGGACAGUACAGUGCUGAAGGUGUUCGACAUCCACUGUCGGAUACUUUUGACCACGAGAAAUAGAAGCCUCGCUGAUUCUGUUAGUGGUGCUAAAUAUGAGGUGGAAGUAGAGAGUGGUCUGGACGAAAAGAAGGGGCUGGAGAUCCUCGCUCUGUACACUGGAACUAAGCCCAUAGCACUUCCUGAGGAAGCUCGUAGCAUUGUCAGAGAAUGUAAAGGUUCCCCUCUGGUAGUCAGCCUGAUCGGCGCUCUACUCAGAGAGAAACCCAACCGUUGGGGUUACUACCUCCGCCAGCUGCGGCAGAAGCAGUUCAAGCGUAUAAGGAAGUCGUCGUCUUACGACUACGAUGCCCUCGACCAAGCAAUGGCCGCUAGCAUCGAGGUCUUACCCGACGAACAUCGAGAACUCUACAAGGACCUUACUGUGCUGGAGAAGGACAUCAAAAUCCCUGCAAAGGUGCUGUCUGUUCUGUGGGACUUGGAGCCAGAGGAGGUGGAGGACAUUCUCGAGGAGUUUGUCAACAAGUCUCUGCUUUUUGUGGACAGUCACAAUAAACCUUACCUGUACUACCUCCAUGAUCUCCAGCUCGACUUCCUGGUGGAGCAGAAUCGCACCCAGCUCGAGAGCCUUCACUCUAAGGUGGUGCAUCAGUACCAGCAGCACUACAAAGAUGGUCCUCCCACAUCAGGAGACGAGGAAUGUCUGUACUGGAUCAGAUUCCUGACCUUCCACAUGGCCAAAGGCAACCUCUCCCAGGAGCUCUACUCGCUCAUGUUUUCGCUGGACUGGGUCAGCAUCAAGGCCAAGAUAAUGGGCCCAGCUCACCUCAUCAAUGACUAUGUGGAGUACGGAUACAUCCUGGACAAAGAGAACAGUGACGUGCGCAGUCAAUUCCAGGAGUUUCUGUCUCUGAACGGCCACCAGCUGGAGCAGCGUCCUUUCCCCGACGUGGUGCAGCUUGCUCUGUCUCAGCCACGUACCUCCGAGGUCUACAGACAGGCUCUGCUGCAGGCGCAGGACCGGACCAGCAAAGGAAAACUCUACUUUGAUUGGCUGAAUAAGAGCAGUGUAGAGAGUCUGUCCCGUUUGGUGAUCCACCCGCACCAGGGCUCCAUCUACUCUGCCUGCUUCUCCCACGAUGGAACCAAAAUAGCCUCCAGUGGAGCCAGCAAAACACUCAAGGUGUUUAAAAGCACCUCAGGUGAGAAGCUCACAGAGAUCCCGGCCCAUGACGAUGAGGUGCUCUGCUGUGCCUUCUCCCCUGACGACCGUCUCCUAGCAACGUGCUCCAGUGACAGGAAAGUCAAGGUGUGGAACGUGGAGCGAGCCAUGCUCCUGAGGGUGUUUGAGGAGGAGCACGAAGAGCAGGUGAACCACUGUCAGUUCACCAACACGACACGACGCCUCCUGCUGGCCACCUGCUCCAAUGACAAGAUGCUGAACGUUAAGUUGUGGAACCUCAACAAGCCGACCUCCCAGAACACCAUGUUUGGCCAUUUCGAGCCAGUCAACCACUGCUGUUUCUCCCCCGAUGACACCUACGUGUCCACUUCCUCCAACGAUGGUACACUUAAGCUGUUUCAGGUGUCGUCCGCCAACGAGUGGAAGACGAUCAACGUGAGAGACAUGUUUGCGGAGAGCGACGAAGACGUCCUCGUCAAGUGCAGCACCUGGACUGCAGAUGGCAAACGCGUCAUAUGCGCAGCCAAGAAUGCCGCUCUGGUGUUUGACGUGGAGACGUCCGACAUGUUGCUGGAGAUCAGAACGAACCGCCUGAGCACGGUGCAGUACUGUCACGCCUGUCCUACCAGUAACCUGCUGGCUCUCGCAUUCUCAAACUACGCCGUGGAGCUGUGGGACUUGGAGGCCAAUAAAAAGAUGGCUGACUGCAGUGGUCACCUGAGCUGGGUCCAGCGUGUCCAGUUCUCUCCUGAUGGUUCACAGCUGCUGUCCUGCUCAUACGAUCAGACUAUCAGGUUAUGGGAGACUAAGAAGGUGCACACAACCUCAGCUGUCUGCCUGAAAAGAGACUCUGACGUUCUCUUCAACGAUGAAGAAAUCAUUGUGUCAGCUGCAGACAACUGCAACAGACUGCAGGUGCGUGAUGGCAGGACGGGAUCAGUGCUGUUCCAGUCGGAGGAGAAGUCAUCCAGGAUACGGUGCACGUCUAUGUGCAGGCAGCCCUCUGCUGUGGCUCUGGGCCAGGAAGACGGCACGGUCCAGGCAGCAGGGCUGAUGACAGCUAGUCAGGUACUGAGGAGAGUUGGCCGCAGGAUCCGACAACUGUUGACCUCCUUCAGGGGGUUGAUGCUGGCAGUAGGGCUAUGUACAGGAAACGUGCAGGUGUUGGAGGUGCCAUCUGGAAAAACCCUAGCCACACUUGAAGGACACACGAAGACGGUGCUGCACUGCCAGUUCUGCCAGAACGGCCAAACACUUAUCACAUCCUCCGAGGACACCACCAUAAGGGUGUGGAAGUGGCAGUCUGGGGAGUGUAAAGUCCUCCAGGGUCACAAGGAACAAGUCAGAUGCUUCUCGCCGCUCUCCAACUCACCUGACAACACGAGACUGCUGUCCUGGUCCUUCGACGGCACUGUCAAGAUGUGGGACGUAGAAAGCGGAGAGAAGCUUCAGGACAUCGAGGCUCAUCGGGGGGCCAUCCUGUCUUGUCAUGCCUCGCCAGACGGAUGCCACUUCGCCACCACCUCUGCUGACAAGACCGCUAAGUUGUGGCACUGUGAAUCCUGGCAGUGCGUCCACACCCUGAGCGGCCACCUUGACUGCGUCCGAAGCUGCCGAUUCUCCUGGGACAGCCGACGCCUCGCGACGGGAGACGACAACGGAGAGAUUCGGCUCUGGAGCGUCAAAGACGGCUCGUUGCUGAAGAUUUGUUCCCGGGACGGUAAAGACGGCAUGGACUCACUGCACGGAGGCUGGGUGACCGACCUGCACUUCUCAUCAGACAACUCUCUUCUGGUCUCCACCGGUGGCUACAUCAAGUGGUGGGACGUGGAGAAAGGCGAGGCCCUGCAGACCUUCUACCCGUCAGGAACGGCGUUGAAGAGGAUCCACGUCUCGUCCGACUUUUCCACCUUCGUCACCAUUGACAACAUCGGCAUCCUCUACAUCCUAAAGAGGGUGGUGGUGUGACACUGUGAACGCUGCUUUAAAAAGACCAAAAAAACAGAAUCCAAACACCACGAUCUAACCAAACACUACUUCUGUAUACAGUCAGUAAUACUACAGGUUCCUCCCAUGACUACACACUUCUCCGAUAAGUUUACAUUACUACUGCACUCUUUGUACAAUCAGGCUGACACUAGCCAGCAGCAAUACAAACGUUCACUUUCACAUCGAAUGACUGAUGCGCCGUUAAAGCUCAGAGAGGUGCAACUUCUGUUUUACAGAUGAAGACAGAAAAUGUGAACAUGUGUUUUUGGUAGAUUAAAAAAACAAAACAAGGAAAGAUGCAUUAAAACGCAACAGGUUUACUUAAAAAAGACAAACCGUGUGCGUGUUUGUGACGAUCAGGUCUUCUCAAGCAGAACCUUUGAAUCAUUAAUAGCUAAUAAAAAAUCUAAACAGGGAAAAGAGACGUGAUCUCUGCUUCAUUUCAAAUGUGAAUAAUAAAUGUAAUCCAUAUUACAUUAGGGCUCAACAUUAUUGCACGUGAUGUGUGAGAUUUUCCGCUGUAUGUAAGAUAUCAUGCACGCACUUUGAUCCAUGAAGUGCAUUCUGCUGUUUAUGCUGUGAUGUUUUUGAACGUUAAUCCUUCGUGUUGUUAACCUGCUCAGUUUUGAGCUUUUUAAUGUACACUGCAGCCUUAAUCUGAACUGUAGGUACCAGAGGGUAUGUACUGUAUGUUUAGUGUAGAUGGGUUUCUCAAUUCACCAGCAUAGAUGAAACUUAUGGUGCACUUUGAUAAGCAUUAACAAUUGAUAGUUGGAUUAAGUUUUGAUGACUGAGCAUUCAAAACCGAUUCCAAGAACUUUUGAAAGCCUCUUGGGUCUAUUUGUACAUCCGAAUUUAGAUCAAUGUUUUCUACAAAAAAAAUGCAAUAUGUGAUUUAUAAUUUAUAUAAAGAAAAAUGUAUUAAUUGCUUAAUUUUGGGGGAUUUUGUUCCAGUUCUUUUUUUAACUCUAUACCACUUUUUACUCGUCUUUUUAUCUGCACGUUUUCUAAUUGAGCCUUUUCCUGUUCUCAGCACUUUGAAGCAGAACUUACAAUCGUUCAUGAAGCUGUCACCAACGUGGCUUUUUUUCACACACAUAAAAAUAGAUCCUUACUUUUGAUUUAUACCGAUACGCGCUUACUCCCAAGUAUGUGACAUGUAAAGUCCCUUUACAUGCUGUAAUCCAUCAAACCCAUUCGCUGCAAUGGGGAUGAUUCUAGGUCCAGUAGGAGUAAUAAGCGCAUAAAGUCAAUAAAUUAAUAAAAGUAAGGAUGCGUUGCAAGAUUUCUGAUCAAUGCUCUUGUCAUUUUCACAUUGUGCUCUUUACAAUUGGUGCUUUAAAGUCAGCAUAAAUUCAAUCAACAGAGGUUCUCCCUGUGGAGGUCUCUGUCUAACAAAGUUGCAGAAAUAUUGAUGCUCAGGAUGUAUUGAUGCUGUUAUAUGGUGUUGUGCAAUGCAAGUGUAAUUUAUAAAAGAUUAAACUACACACUGCUGUGA